AUUCCAACCUGAAUACAUAUCACAAACUCAAGACCAAGACUUCUCUCACUCCAUUGUCAUAUCUACCUACACACCGACUUCCCCUCUUUCUCUCUCUUUCACUCUCUCUUUCCCCUUUAUAUUCUCGGCAACGAACAUACUAUUAUAUGUUUUCAUCUCUCUCUCAUAUUUUAUGGGUUUCAAUUAAAAUUCUCUAAUCUCGUCUGUCUAGAGCUUCUGUUUCUGGGCUUUUGUUUUCUGAGAAUCAGGAAGCAAACCAUCCCUGCUUGCUCAAUCUUCAACCAUUUCUUUUCUUUUCUUUUUUUUCAUAUUUUUUCGUUGGUUUCCUCAAAUUCUUUUAUUUUCCCAAGAAACCCUUUUGAAAAUUUUAACUGAUUCUUCACAAACUCAUCAUCCCCUUGUUCUGAAUUUUGAUAAAUUUAUUCUUUUCUCUGUUCUUGUUUCUGCUUUCUGCAAGCUUGGGGGAUUUUCUCAGUAUCCAAACACGAAAAAGAAAAACCAAUCAUGACCAUGUUGUCAAACUUGUUUCUCAUUCUCCUAACCCUUUUCUUAUUUUCCUUCGCCGGCGCUGCCGCCGGAGUUCAUACCCUGAAGAACUCGAAUUCCAACCUCACCGGCAUCGAAUUCCCUGAUCAUAUGAGCUUCAAUGCGGUCUCUGCUUCACCCAAUUCAGGCUGUGGUCUCACAACAUCAAAAAGAAUCAAAUCUGAAGAUCUUGAAGCUGAAGAACAAGAUGAUAAAAUGGUUACAUCACCACACAAAUCAACCACCCCAACUGUCAAACUCGAUCUGAAACACCGCUCAGUUAACAGAGAAAUGAAGAAAAAAGACUCUGUAACCGAGUCAACCACCAGAGACCUGAUCAGAAUACAGACCCUCCACACAAGAAUCGUAGAGAAGAAGAAUCAAAACACCCUUUCAAGGCUAAACAAAGAUACGAAGAUCCAAACAGUUGCUCCGGCAGCCUCGCCGGAAUCGGUAUCGGAAUCUGACCCACAUGGGUUUUCCGGCCAGAUGGUGGCGACUCUGGAAUCAGGGGUGAGUCUUGGAUCAGGAGAGUAUUUCAUGGAUGUGUUUGUGGGUACACCUCCGAAACACUUCUCUUUGAUUCUUGAUACAGGUAGUGAUCUCAAUUGGAUUCAAUGUGUUCCUUGUUAUGAUUGUUUUGAGCAAAGUGGACCUCAUUACAAUCCCAAUGAAUCUACUUCUUUUCGGAAUAUCGGUUGUCAUGAUCCCAGAUGUCACCUUGUUGCUUCCCCGGAUCCUCCUCAGCCUUGCAAAUCCGAUAACCAAACAUGCCCUUAUUACUAUUGGUAUGGGGACAGCUCGAACACCACCGGCGAUUUCGCGCUCGAAACUUUCACCGUUAACCUCACCCGGAAUGGGAAGUCGGAGUUCCGGGAAGUGGAAAACGUGAUGUUUGGUUGCGGACAUUGGAACCGAGGCCUGUUUCAUGGGGCAGCCGGUUUGUUGGGACUCGGAAGGGGGCCUCUUUCAUUCUCAUCUCAGCUACAAUCAUUUUACGGUCAUUCGUUUUCCUAUUGUCUUGUGGAUAGGAAUAGCGACUCAAAUGUGAGUAGCAAGUUACUAUUUGGGGAGGAUAAGGAGCUUUUAAAUAACCCGCUAUUGAAUUUUACUUCAUUUGUUGGAAAUAGUAAGGAAGUUGAUACUUUCUACUAUUUGCAAAUAAAGUCGAUCGUAGUUGGAGGAGAGGUGCUAAAAAUACCACAAGAGAUUUGGAAUGUUAGCGGUGGCGGCGGUGGUGGUACGAUUAUUGAUUCGGGUACUACAUUGAGUUAUUUUGCUAGUCCGGCUUAUAAGGUUAUUAAGGAAGCGUUUGUUAACAAGGUGGGGAAUAGGUACCCAAUUGUAAGAGAUUAUUUUCCUAUAUUGGAUCCUUGUUACAAUGUUUCCGGAGUGGAAAAACCCGAGCUCCCCGCAUUUGGGAUUCAAUUUGGGGAUGGAGCAUUGUGGAAUUUCCCCGUUGAUAACUAUUUCAUUCGGCUUGAACCGGAGGAGAUUGUUUGUUUGGCGAUCAUGGAGAGUCCUCGUCCAUCAACUCUAUCCAUAAUUGGGAAUUAUCAGCAGCAGAAUUUUCAUAUCUUGUAUGACACACACAAGUCUAGGCUGGGUUUUGCACCAACAAAAUGUGCUGAUCUUUAACUACAUAAUACAUACACUUUUAAAGAAACACCAAAUUUGGGGUGUACUAUGAACUAUGGAAACUGUACACAAGUUGGGUUCAGAGAGAGACCACUUUUUUUUCCUUUUCAAUAGAAGGUAACAUAUAUGACACUUUGUUCUUUUUUUUUUCUUGUCUUUAUUUUUCAUUUUUUGUUUCCAAGUUCAUGUAUAUAUAUACAUAUAUGGAUUAACAGGGAUUACAAUCUGUUCAAUGAAAAUAAAUUCAUGCUUUCAAUAUA